UAGAGAAAACUCCUUUCCCCUUCCCAACCAAAAACCUCCCAAAGAAGCAAUCAAAAUGGCCUCUAUGGUUUUUGCAUCAUCACCUUUGAAUGCUCAAUCAUUUGUCAAACUAAUUACAAACUCAAAUUAUUCUCAUUAUUCAUGUUAUGUUCCUUCACCCUCUAGGGUACAUUUAUCCUACAAGAAUAUUUCUCAUAUUGAGUCUUCCAAAUCUUUAUUUAUAAAGGGUGAUAAUAAUUUCUCUUUUUCAUCACCAAAGUUUCCAAGAGUUGCUUCAACAUAUUCUCCAUCUUUGAAUAUUAUUAAAGCUUGUAUAAGAGAAAAUGUAUAUCAUUACCCAGCAUAUGAUUUGAAAAAAGGACACUAUGUCCAGCUCAACGACGAUUACCAGGGGAUGAUUUUGCUAAUUGUUAAUAUUCCUGUGCAACGUUCUAUAUGGACAAAAGGGGAGAUUGAGUUUCUCAAUGAUCUACGUGAACAUUACAAAGGCAAAACAUCCUGGUUUGGGAGAGGAUUUGAGGUUCUAGGAUUUUUUCAUGACAUAGAAGAGCUCGAUAUUAAAAAACCAAAAUACAAAAAGGAAAAUGAAGAAAUUCCUGAAUAUCCACCGGGAGAAGAAAUUCUUAUGGGAGAAGAAGAAGUUCUUAAACUUGCCAAGUUUCCACUUUUCCGCAAGGUUAAAGUGAAUAAUAAUCAUGAUGAGCAUUUCUGGAAUAUACAUUUCUGGAAUAGUAAUCUUGAAGAUGGUAUAAAUAAUGAUCUUUGGUUUUUUCUGAGAAAAUCACUAAAUACCGGUGAAAUCAAGGAGGAGUUUGAAAAAAUUCUAGUAGAUGGGAAUGGAAUACCUGUAAAACACCUUCCUCGAUUCGACGGAGAAACGCUAAAACCUAGGAACGUAAAACCAGGAGAAUUUCCUGGUGAACUCGGAUCAGAAUUACGAGUAAUCAAUCCUUCCUCCCCCGUAAAGGAAGCCAUUGAUGAAUAUUAUCGAAGAGACAAUACCCAGUAUUAAAUAAUUUACAUCAAAGUUAAUAAUGUAUUGUGAACAUUGUAGUAAAAAUAUUGUAAUAAUUGGGACAUAAAUUAUGAAUAAAUAUUGUCUUACGUAUUUAUU